CUGAAGCACACUUUCUCUCCUCUCCUCUGUAACCUCUCCUUCCUUCCCUUACCGGCUUACAUCGCUCGCUCCUAUUUUUGGCAACUCCUUCUCUCCAUCUCUCUUCCUGGGAGCAUAACCUGGCAUGCGACAUUGGGCGUUUAGGUAUAUGCAUUUGCAUCAGAACGCCCAAAUUGCAUCCGUACAUUGAAUUUUAUUGGACGAGAGGACUCUUGUUUUCUUUGAUUAUCCGUGUACAUUAUUUGAGCAGAGUGGAUUGAAUAAGGAAGGAAGUCAGUUAGGUUAUCGUACAGUACAGGAGCAAUAGCAGUUGAGCGGGUCCUGUUAUGUUGGUUUGUGAGAUUGGAAUUAUGGCUGCCUGAUUUUUGUGAAAAUUAGUGUGGAUGGUACAUGAAUUUGAGUUUAGACUUUAGUGGAGGUUGUGAUUUUCAUUUGCUGAAAUGGGGGAAUCACAAAAAGGAUGAGGUAAGAGCCUAAAAAUGAAUUCAAAAGAGGAUGGGGACAGACAUGAGGACCGGCCAACGUCACCGUAUUGGGCACUGCAUCAUUUGUCGGAGGAGGCAGUUAGGGUGGCUGGUGAAGCACUGCACAGUGUGCACUUGGGUAACCCUAACCCCCAGUCGGGUCUAGGACACAGGCGAAGUCAAAGUGAAGUUACGCCUGUGGUGCACAGACGUAGCAGCAGUUUUCAGAGGUUGAAGAGCCAGGUACAGAAGGCAUGGCGAUGGGGUGCAAAUUCAAGGGAGCAGGAUUGCAACCCAAACUUCAACCCUGAGGUUUUGGCUAACCAAAAACGCCAGUGGUAUCAGCUUCACUCCAAAACUCUGGAACAUGUACAAUAUAAGGAACCCACAUCACUUUUUGAGCACUUCAUCAUUGUGGGUCUGCAUCCAGAUGCUAAUCUUGAAUGUGUGGAGAAUGCAUUUGCAAAAAGGAAAAAAUGGGAGUUGGAUAUGGAAAGAUCUGGAAUAGUAGACUUCAAAAUGCUUGACUAUCGAGGUCCUUCUUUUCCAACAUUGGAGCCUCAGAUACUUUUUAAAUAUCCUCCUGGGAAGAGAUUAGCAAUGCGCCUAAAGGAUCUGUCUUCCUUCUGUUUCCCUGGAGGUGUUAAGGCACGGUUGUUGGAGAGGACUCCGUCACUAAGUGAUCUCAACGAACUAGUUUAUGGACAGGAGCAUUUAGGGAGAGAUGAUUUGUCAUUUGUAUUUUCACUUAAGGUGGCGGACAAUGCUACACUUUAUGGGGUUUGCUUACAUGUCACAGAAAUUGUUCAGAGGCCCCCCGGCAUCUUAGCUACCUCAUCACCCAUUUCUCAAUCAUCAGGAAGAUGCUGCCGUUAUUUAGUUUCUGCACCUCGCUGCUACUGUGUGCUAACCAGGGUUCCUUUCUUUGAGUUGCAUUACGAGAUGUUGAACAGUAUCAUUGCACAGGAGCGUUUAAAUAGGAUAACACAGUUCGUCACCGAAAUGUCUCUCACCAGUUAUGUCCCUUCAGUGACCAAACUUCAUUGUCAAAUGAAUGGAAAUGUUGAGUCUCCUCGCCUUGACUGCAUUGCUGAUUGGAUGGCUUCUGCAAUACCUAUUGACAGAGCAGUGGCUCUUGCUGCUGCCGCCGCUGGAAUCAUAUCAGAUGAUGAGAUUCCAUCCUCUUCAUUAAAGAUGUCGGACCCACCAUCUCCUGAAAGUGUCACUGCCAGUGAAUCUUCAGAUCUUAGUCAAGCAAGGGAAGUAGAUAAAGAUGAAAGGAGGAAUUCACAGUAUUUUGAUGAAUGUGCUUCUGAGGCGUCAGAAACUCAUUCUGAUGCUCUAGAAAGAAUGUACAGCAGUGGGGAAGUUGGCCAGGUUUCUCCAGAGAUAGGUUCCUUUUGGUGCUCUAGGAGCCGCACAAUGGAGCGUGUUGGGAGUUCUGAGUCCCUCUUCAGUCCAGUCAGAAGCAUGGCAUCAGAGGACGAGGAUGACUUACUUUUCUCGAGCUCUGAAAAGGAUUUUGGUGAUGAAUUAAUAAUGGAAUGGGCAAGGGAAAACAAAAAUGAUCUACUACAGAUAGUCUGCAGCUAUCAUGCUCUGCCUAUUCCUGCAAGAGGAAGUGAAAUAGUGUUUCGGCCUCUUGAACAUUUGCAGGCAAUUGAAUAUAGACGACCUUCAGUUGAAGCCCUUGGCAUUGCUAGAAAAUAUAUAGAUUCAAUAGAAGCUGCUGAGUUCAAUGCAAAGUUGGCUGCUGCUGAGGAAGCACUUGCUUUGUCGAUUUGGACAACCGCAACGAUUUGCCGAGUUCUGUCACUUGAAAGUGUCUUGGCACUUAUGGUUGGAGUGUUACUAGAAAAACAGGUUGUAGUGGUCUGCCCUAACCUGGGUGUCCUAUCAGCUACAAUAUUAUCUGUCGUUUCCAUGAUUCGUCCUUUUGAAUGGCAGAGUCUAUUGCUUCCAAUUCUACCUGGAAGGAUGCUUGAAUUUCUAGAUGCCCCAGUUCCCUUUAUAGUUGGCAUUCAACAUAAACCUGCUGAUUUGAAGAUUAAAACAUCUAAUCUUGUUCUUGUUAAUGUGCUGAAAGACCAGGUGAAGACGUGUCAUUUGCCAUCACUCCCUCGACAUAGAGAGCUUGUUGCUGAACUUGGGACAAUUCAUGCCAGGCUCUCAUUUGAAAAUUCUUCUGCUAAAAGGCAUCCGGUAUAUAGGUGUAGUGAAGGGCAGGCUCAAACAGCAACCCAAUUUUUGAGUGUGAUGAAGCGGUACUUGGAGUCUCUUUGUUCAGAUCUGAGCUCUCACGUAAUAACUAGUGUACAGUCAGACAAUGAUAGGGUUUCUUUACUUCUUAAAGAUAGUUUUAUUGACUCCUUUCCUAGUAGGGACCGGCCUUUUAUCAAGCUAUUCGUAGAAACACAACUAUUCACUGUUCUAUCAGAUUCUUGGUUAUCAAGAUUCGAGAGUAAGAGAUUCUAACUAAAUCUUACUACAAGUUCAAUGCAUUAAAUCGAAGGUGCAAAUGAAUUCAUCAGAUGAAGAGGUAAUGAAGUCUACUGGUAGUGGCUCUACUGCUUAUGGUAAUGACCUGCAGCAUUUUUCAGUCACAACGCUUUUGGAGCCUUUAAUUUAAACAAGUGCAACAAUUGUGAAAGUACUAAUUAUUAAUGUCUUACACCAAUUAAUUAUACGUCUGUUGUAUUGCUCGUCACAAUUGACCAUCAUCCCUAUAUUUCGAGGGAUAUGGCAUCUGAUGUUAGAGUUCUAUUCACCCGAA